GGUUGAAAUGCCAGCAGAUGGCGCUGCCGGUACUCUCGUUUCUAUUGCAACCAACAACAUAAACAAUUUGACUUUGAUGUGUAAACAAAAGUGGUUUUUGCAUUGAAUGCUUGACUUUUCGACUUUAUUCUUGUUUGUUUUUAUUAUUAUUUUUUAAAUAAUUGUUCCCAUCAAAAUGGAUUGGGCUGAAGACUUGAAACAGACUUUUAAGAAGACAGUGAAAAAGGGUCGACGAGCUGCGGAGAAUACAACAAGCAAUGCCAGUAGUGAUAGUCCAUCGACACCCGAUUAUGACUCGAAUUUUCAAGAAAAUGCACUGUCGGAUGAGUUUUCAUCUGGAUUGGAUUUUAAAUCGAAUCCAGUGAAAAACAAACAAAGAACUGGAUGGUUCGAUGAACCGGUACGAUCGGGUAGCAGUGGAAAAAAUCGAAAUAAACCAUCACAAAGUGAGAUGGAACGCUUCAACACAGUUGUGGCCUCGUCACCACCGUCCGAUGACAUUCCAGAGCUACCUGACUUGGACGACGUCAUCGAUGAAGCAGCUUUGAUCGAUGCAAAAGAAGUGGAAGCCAUAGCGGCAAAUCGUGUUGAAACGUACAAAGAACUGAAUGUAGAACUGUUGAAGUAUUCCGAAUUUGCCUCAUCGGAGAACAUUGACCUGUCAAAAUUGAUGCAUUGUUUGCAAGAUGAGAAUGUGCUCGCCGAUCACGAUGUACCGUUGACCAAAGAGCAAUUGUUCAGCGAAGUUGCCUCAUUCAUUCAUUCACGUAAACCGAACAGUACGGAUGAGAAUGCGAAAGCAGCUGAAUAGGAAGUGUGUGUGAAACAUGCAUUGUUCAAGGGUUAUUUUGUGAAACAAGUUCCGUCCAUUCAAAUGUCUUUAUUUAACUUUACUCUUACAUUCAAAUGUAUUAAAAUCUAAAAUGAAUCAAUGAAAAUACGUACAAUAAAUAACACAAACGAU